UUGGCUUAGUUUGAAUCGAGUAACAUCUACUCCUCAAAAUUAUUUUUAGUCUUGGUGCAGUCCCGAAAUUAUUUUUUUGUAGUUUUUGCUUAUAUUUUUGGUUUAUUCAAUUCUUUUUUAACCUAUAGAAAAAUUUCGGGAUGUUGUCCAUUGCAAAAAAUAAUGGUUUCCGCACCGUCACACCCAUUUAUCGGUUUCUUUCUACCGGCUCUGCAUUGUUGUCGAAAUAUUCCGCAACACAAAGGGGAGAGAAUUAUUGUCUAACAUUUGAAACCAAACAGAAUGAGGAGAAGCCGUUUGCUUUCGAUAAAGUUUUCGGUCUGAAGCAAAAGGAGGAAAAACCUUUUGCUAAUGAGUUCUUUGGUCUAAAGCAGAAAGAGGAAAAACCAGUUUUCAACGAAGUCUCCUGCAAAAAGCGCAAUGAGGAAAAGUCCUUCGCAGAAAACGUGUUUGGAACUAAGAUAAAUGAAGAGAAACCCUUCGAGACACAGAUCUUCGGUCUGAAGCAGAAAGAGGAAAAGCCAGUUGCCGAUGACGUCUCCUGUAAGAAACGCAAUGAGGAAAAGUCCUUCACAGAGACGAAAAUGGAAUGGAGAAAAGUCGCUCCCAAUGAGGAAAAAUCCUUCCUUGAAACUAAGAAAACCCUCGAGACAAAAGAGGAAAAGCCCACCUGUGAACAGAUCUUCGGUCUGAAGCAGAAAGAGGAAAAGCCAGAUCUCAAUGACAUCUCCUGUAAGAAGCGCAAUGAGGAAAAGUCCUUCCUUGAAACUAAGAAAACCCUCGAGACAAAGGAGGAAAAGCACACCUGUGAACAGAUCUUCGGUCUGAAGCAGAAAGAGGAAAAGCCAGUUGCCGAUGACGUCUCCUGUAAGAAACGCAAUGAGGAAAAGUCCUUCACAGAGACGAAAAUGGAAUGGAGAAAAGUCGCUCCCAAUGAGGAAAAAUCCUUCCUUGAAACUAAGAAAACCCUCGAGACAAAAGAGGAAAAGCCCACCUGUGAACAGAUCUUCGGUCUGAAGCAGAAAGAGGAAAAGCCAGUUGCCGAUGACGUCUCCUGUAAGAAACGCAAUGAGGAAAAGUCCUUCACAGAGACGAAAAUGGAAUGGAGAAAAGUCGCUCCCAACGAGGAAAAGUCCUUCACGAUCUAUGGAACCAAGCUUAAUGAGGAGAAGCCCACCUGUAAACAGAUCUUCGGUCUAAAGCAGAAAGAGGAAAAGCCAGUUGCCAAUGACUUCUCCUGUAAGAAACGCAAUGAGGAAAAGUCCUUCACAGAGACGAAAAUGGAAUGGAGAAAAGUCGCUCCCAAUGAGGAAAAAUCCUUCCUUGAAACUAAGAAAACCCUCGAGACAAAAGAGGAAAAGCCCACCUGUGAACAGAUCUUCGGUCUGAAGCAGAAAGAGGAAAAGCCAGAUCUCAAUGACAUCUCCUGUAAGAAGCGCAAUGAGGAAAAGUCCUUCCUUGAAACUAAGAAAACCCUCGAGACAAAGGAGGAAAAGCCCACCUGUGAACAGAUCUUCGGUCUGAAGCAGAAAGAGGAAAAGCCAGUUGCCAAUGACGUCUCCUGUAAGAAACGCAAUGAGGAAAAGUCCUUCACAGAGACGAAAAUGGAAUGGAGAAAAGUCGCUCCCAACGAGGAAAAGUCCUUCACGAUCUAUGGAACCAAGCUUAAUGAGGAGAAGCCCACCUGUAAACAGAUCUUCGGUCUAAAGCAGAAAGAGGAAAAGCCAGUUGCCAAUGACUUCUCCUGUAAGAAACGCAAUGAGGAAAAGUCCUUCCUUGAAACUAAGAAAACCCUCGAGACAAAAGAGGAAAAGCCCACCUGUGAACAGAUCUUCGGUCUGAAGCAGAAAGAGGAAAAGCCAGAUCUCAAUGACAUCUCCUGUAAGAAGCGCAAUGAGGAAAAGUCCUUCCUUGAAACUAAGAAAACGCUCGAGACAAAGGAGGAAAAGCCCACCUGUGAACAGAUCUUCGGUCUGAAGCAGAAAGAGGAAAAGCCAGUUGCCAAUGACGUCUCCUGUAAGAAACGCAAUGAGGAAAAGUCCUUCACAGAGACGAAAAUGGAAUGGAGAAAAGUCGCUCCCAAUGAGGAAAAGUCCUUCACGAUCUAUGGAACCAAGCUUAAUGAGGAGAAGCCCACCUGUCAACAGAUCUUCGGUCUAAAGCAGAAAGAGGAAAAGCCAGUUGCCAAUGACGUCUCCUGUAAGAAACGCAAUGAGGAAAAGUCCUUCACAGAGACGAAAAUGGAAUGGAGAAAAGUCGCUCCCAAUGAGGAAAAGUCCUUCACGAUCUAUGGAACCAAGCUUAAUGAGGAGAAGCCCACCUGUCAACAGAUCUUCGGUCUGAAGCAGAAAGAGGAAAAGCCAAUUGACAAUGACAUCUCCUGUAAAAAGCGCAAUGAGGAAAAAUCCUUCCUUGAAACUAAGAAAACCCUCGAGACAAAAGAGGAAAGGCCCACCUGUGAACAGAUCUUCGGUCUGAAGCAGAAAGAGGAAAAGCCAGUUGCCAAUGACGUCUCCUGUAAGAAACGCAAUGAGGAAAAGUCCUUCACAGAGACGAAAAUGGAAUGGAGAAAAGUCGUUCCCAAUGAGGAAAAGUCCUUCACGAUCUAUGGAACCAAGCUUAAUGAGGAGAAGCCCACCUGUCAACAGAUCUUCGGUCUAAAGCAGAAAGAGGAAAAGCCUGUUGCCAAUGACGUCUCCUGUAAGAAACGCAAUGAGGAAAAGUCCUUCACAGAGUCGAAAAUGGAAUGGAGAAAAGUCGCUCCCAAUGAGGAAAAGUCCUUCACGAUCUAUGGAACCAAGCUUAAUGAGGAGAAGCCCACCUGUCAACAGAUCUUCGGUCUAAAGCAGAAAGAGGAAAAGCCUGUUGCCAAUGACGUCUCCUGUAAGAAACGCAAUGAGGAAAAGUCCUUCACAGAGACGAAAAUGGAAUGGAGAAAAGUCGCUCACUGUUAGUGAAGAAGAAGAACUUACUAGCAGAAGAGCAGCCGUUCGCUGUUAAACGAUUUUUAGCAAAAAUUCGUAGCUAAUCAAAUUAUCAUAUUUGUAUUUUUCGCUAAAUAAAAAAUAAAAUAAAAAAUAA